GCCCCAUGAGGCCAGAAAACUCAUCCAUGACUAUGUGAGAAAAAAGGCCAAGGGGAAGAUCAAGGAACUGUUCUCAGACCUGGAUGAGAGGACAGUAAUGUUGCUGGUGAACUACAUCUACUUUAAAGGGAAAUGGAAGACAUCAUUUAACCCUUGUGACACAUUCAAGUCUGAGUUCAACUAUACAAGAAGAGGUCUGUGAGGGUGCCCAUGAUGAACAUUGAGGACCUGACCACACCCUACUGCCGGGAUGAGGAUCUGUCCUGCUCUGUGAUGGAGCUGAAGUACAGAGGCAAUGCCAGCGCCCUGUUCAUCCUCCCUGAUGAGGGCAGGAUGCAGCAGGUGGAAGCCGGCUUGCAACCAGAGACCCCGAGGAAGUGGAAGGACUCUCUGAGGCCCAGGAUGAUUGAUGAUCUCUACGUGCCCAAGUUCUCCAUCUCCACUGACUACAGCCUGGAGAUAGACUUUCACAGCUGGGCAUCAGGGAAGUCAUCUUUACAAUGGCUGCCCUGUCUGAGAUCACAGGGGCCAAGGACCUGAGAGUCUCUCAG